UCACCCAAAAAUUCAAUAAUUUCGUAUUUUUUUGAUUUGUUCUCCAUUUUAAUAUGUGGGUAAAUUUCAAAUAUACAUAUAUGAUAUAAAAAAAAAAAAAAUAGUGUAAAUUUAAUAGUAAUUGCUAAACGGAGUUUAAAAAAAUAAUCUAAGCAGUUCAGGUUUUAAUUUUAAGUUUUAAUGUAGCUAUUUUUUUAAUAAACACAUUUUAUAAUUUUAAUCACAUCAACUAAUCACGGUUACCGAAAUCGUGGUUAAUCGCAUUAAUGUAUGUGCCUUGGUUGAUUUUGAUACUAUCAAUUUAUCGGCUUUUCUAUUGUAGAUGUUAUAUAUUAUUAUUUAUUUUUAUUUUUUCUUAAAUAACAAACGUGUUUUAAACUUUGACUUUUUACGUGUAAAGUUAAAAUUAUUUAAAGAAAGUGGCAAUGGAUUACGUGGAUGACAUUGAGGACUUGAUUUCAUCUGUUGCUGAUGUUGCUGAAACAUUUAGAAACAAACCUCGUAAUGUAGUCAAUUUGCGUUCCAAAACUAAGAACAAACCUGAAAAAGAAAUUCAUAAACCGUCACCCCAAGUUCCUGGUACUCAAACAAUAUUUAUUAAAACUUGGGGAUGCUCACACAAUAGCUCAGAUGGGGAAUAUAUGGCCGGUCUUCUAUCAAACUAUGGAUAUAAAAUAACUGGUAUGAUGAUUAAAAACACCCCUUAACAUGAUUUUUAUAGCUUAUUUUUAUUUGUUAGAUGAUAAAGAUAUAGCGGAUUUAUGGAUACUAAAUAGUUGUACAGUAAAAAAUCCAGCAGAAGAUCAUUUUAGAAAUGAAAUAAAUAAUGGAAAAAAAUCUGGAAAAUUUGUUGUAGUAGCUGGUUGUGUUCCUCAAGGAGAUCAAAAGUCGCCAUUUAUCCAAAAUCUGAGUGUAAUUGGUGUUCAACAAAUAGACCGGGUAAUAGAAGUAGUUGAAGAAACAUUAAAAGGUUAGUUGCAUUCAUUUACUUUCGAAUGAAGCAAUAUUUUUAUUUAUUUGCAAUAGGACAUACUAUUCGAUUAUUGGGACAAAAGAAGAAAAAUGGAAAAAAAGAUGGUGGUGCUAGAUUACAGUUACCGAAAAUUCGUAAAAAUAAAUUAAUUGAAAUUAUUGCAAUUAGCACUGGAUGUUUGAAUCAGUGUACUUAUUGUAAAACAAAACAUGCAAGAGGUAACCUUGGCAGUUAUCCUCCUGGUAAUUAUCCUGGUAUUAUCUAGUAUGUUACAUCUAAAAACUUUGAUCAUAGAUUAUUACAAAUUAUUAUGUACUGUAGAUGAAAUUGUUCAGCGAGCUAUAGAAUCAUUUAAUGAAGGUGCUGUGGAAUUGUGGUUAACAAGUGAAGACACUGGUGCAUAUGGAUUGGACAUAGGAACGAAUCUACCAGAACUACUUUGGCAUUUGGUAGCUAUUAUACCUGAAGGUUGUAUGAUGCGUAUAGGUAUGACUAAUCCACCAUACAUACUCAAUCACCUAGAGGUUCGUUUUAAUUAUAUUCAAAUAUUUAAUACAUUUAAACCAUAUGUAUAUUUAUUAUGCAGGAAAUUGCAAAAGUUUUAUCUCACCCUAGGGUGUAUGCAUUUUUGCAUGUUCCCGUACAAUCUGGAAGUAAUCAAAUACUAGCAGACAUGAAACGUGAAUACUCAAUUGAAGAAUUUGAAACCGUUGUUACUUUUUUGAGACAAAAGUAAAAUUAAAUUGAUUGAAUCUAUUUAAAUUUGAUGUGUUUAUUAAUUUUUUUUAAAUAGAGUACCCGGUAUUUCCAUUGCAACUGAUAUUAUUUGUGGUUUCCCAACUGAAACAGAGGAAGAUUUUUCUGAAACAAUGCGUGUUUGUGAAAAAUAUAAGUUUCCUAGUUUGUUCAUAAAUCAAUUUUACCCUCGCAAAGGUACACCAGCUGAACGAAUGCCAAAAAUACCAACAGAUUUGGUAAGAAGAUAAUAUUACACUUUCAAUGAAGUACUAAUAUUGAAUUUAUUUUUCUAGGUUAAAACACGAACUAAACGUCUGACAGAAUUAUUUCACUCGUAUACCACUUAUGAUCACAGAGUAGGAGAAGUACAAGAUAUUUUAAUAACCGAAGAGGCAAAAAGUGGCACUGAAUUAAUUGGACAUAAUAAAUACUAUGAACAGGUUAGUUAAAAAAGCAUUUGUAAAUGUAAUUAAUUGUUAAUAUCUCACUAACAAAAUUAACUAUUACAUAAUUGUUGUUAAUAGAAGUUAGAACAAUUAAAAUUUAGUAGCUUUAAUCUUCAGAAGGGCGUACGUGUGUCAUUUACUCUGCACUUUAAACAAAUUAGUGCCCAAUUGUUUAAUAUGGCCUUGGGUUUUAUCGACACUUAUAGAUGUUCUCUGACUACAUAUUUAGAUCUAAGAUAGUGUAGUUAGUAGAGCAAUAUGAACACAUUUUAAGGAAGCUUCUUUUUAGUUUCAAAAUCUACAAGGUACUUUGGCUUCUAUUUAAUUCUAAUAUUAUUUGUCAUUGCCAGAGGUUCUUCAAUACAUUAAAAAAAAAAAUUGUAUUUUCAAUGGACAUAAUAUUAAUGUUCCUCAUUGAGAAAACUUUUAUAAAUACACAAAUGAGCACAAAUAUUAUGUACAUGGUUCUAAAUAAGAUAAAAGAUGUCAUUGUACGUUUGCUGAUGCAAUAUAAUUUUAUGUGUCCACCUAGUUUUAAAAAUAAAAAUUCAGACAAUAUCAAUUUUAUAAUGUAAAUCAAAUUAUCUCUGUGAACUUUGUACUACCAGGAGUGGCCUAGGAUUUGGUUGUAAAAAAUACUAUAUGAAAUAGAUUAUGCUGUUUAAAUAAAAAUGGUUUCACAUCAAACGUUUUAAAUACAGAUGCAAAUGGCAUCAAAUACCCUAUUUUUGUUUAGAGCUGGAUUAGAACAUAGACACUCCUCCUAAUUUAUUUACCAAUUUUGUAUGUCUGUAUAAAAAUAUAUAAUAAAUUAAUUUUUCUUUUUUUAUUACGUUUAUUAGAAUAUCUACAAUCUGUAAUGAAGGUUACAAUUAGCAUAUGAGCUAAACAAAUAAUAAUAAACAUGAUCCGAAAGCUUGAGAUGAGUUACCCAGCAGUAACACUUAGACACAAUAAAUAGUUGUGCUUUUUUUGACAAACAAAUAUUAUGAGUUUACAUUUUUUAUUAUUAUUUUUUGUGUAUCAUUUUAGUUAAGCCAAAUUACGACCUUUUAAGUUUUCCCGGUAGAUUUCCAGGCAUGUUUACAGAGUUAAGUAAAAGAAUAAGUGGAUCCUGGUGGUUCGUAAGGCCACCUAGAUGUAGGUACUUCAGAGAUAGUCUGUAGUCCAAGAUCUAAGUGUAGUGUGUAGUUUGAUACAUAGAAAGGUGCAUUAGUAAUUACACAAAGUGAUAGAGACUGAAACAUUUGCAUUUUGUCAAUUUUAGAUAUUUUGCCACACCCUAUAAUGGGGUACCGUAAAUCCAAAUAAGCUUUAGGGGAUUUUGUUGAACAACAGUUUAUUAUUCAGGUUAAGUUUAGCAAAAUAAUAAAUUUAAAAUUAUUUUAAAGUCAAUCUAAAUGAAUAAUUCCACUUUACUAAAAUUAAGGAAAUUACUCCCCUCCACUUUAUCUAACCACACUCAAGCCAAUUUUUUACAUUCUCAUGAAAGCCACUGUUCUUUUUUAAAAUAGGUCUUUGGCACAUGAAACUCUCAAACACUUCUAUAACAUCUUAUUGUUAUUAGCUGUCUUGUCAUGUUCUUCAAAAAACUCAUAUUUUGUUUAUUUCUACUUAUCCUUGGUACCUUUCCUUCAAGUGCUGCUCAAGCUAAUUUUUAACUUAUUUCAGAUUUUAAAUUUUGAACAUAGUGAGGGAGCUAUUGAUUUUACUAAACUGUUUAUUUUUGCUUUAUUUCUUUCUUUUUUCUGUAAACGAUUAACUGAGAAAAAAAUACAGUUUUUUCACUAUUUUGUUAUUUUAAGUAAGUACCUACCUCGUUUUCUGGUAUAAAUAUGGCUCUAAUUGAAAAACCACAAGAGACCAUAUUUUUGUUGAAUUUUUUUUUUAAAUAAACGCCUUGAAAUCAAAUUUAAACAAAAAUCGCAAAAAAAAAAUGUACGGCACUUCAAACUAUAUAUUACCGAACUGCGCUUGAAAUCGUCUUUUGUCAACAAUGGUGUAUUGUUGCUUACAGAUGUAAAUAAAUUAAGCUUAUGUAUCCUACUUUUCCAACUUCCUUACGUCCCCAAUAUAUUUUUUUUCCUGUCAAAGUUAUAUUAUCUGCAAUACAUCAUGCACCAUACCUCUCAAUUGUUUACCUGUGUGCAUCCAAGAUAAGACAAUUUGGCAAAUUCUUAUUUAGAACUCCUCUUACUGUUUGAAACAAUUUUACAUCGGCUUUCAACUUGAUGCAGCCACAUUGUUUAUCUCUUAAGACAAGUAGAGAUAUCUGUGAGAGUAUUUGGAUUUUCUCCCACAAGAAGCAUGUUGAAAAUAUUAUAAAUACACUGGCUAUUCCACUAGCGUUGCCUAUGCCAGACAAAUGUGUAAUAAAAACGAUUUCCCCUGGAUUUUUAGUUUCAAUCCUCAUCAUUAUUACUGUAGUUAAUUUUUAAAAAUUAAUUUUUUUUCAUUUUCCUUUUCAAACUCUUAUAAAUUAUUUAUUUGGUUGCUAAACAAUGAAAAAUACCCGAUAAGUUUAUUUUUUUAUCCAGCUGUAGGUUAGAUCUACGUCUCUAUUGGUCAGAUUAAUGUUUUCAAUUGCUUAAUAGGUUCUUCGCAAUAUACUCUUUCAUUUUAAAAAAAAACCACAUGAUGAUUAUAUGACUAGUGUCAGAGUCAACCCUUGAAAAAGAUUUCCAUUUUUGCUUUUAUAUAUUGUGUAUGAUGAUUUACUAUGACUGAGACUUGUUAACAUUAUUAGGAUCUUUGUUUAUUAAUUUUAUAUGAGAUGGAUGCUUUAAUUUUAGGAAAACUUACACGGACUAUCCUACUAUUUAUUUAUUUUUUGUUUUUUAAUUUCAUCCGUAUCGCUGUACUUAAAAUACUUAUAAUCCUGUAUCAGCUACAUAGGCGCAAUUUCAGUUUUUAACUUGGAGGGGCUCAAUAUUUUUAAAUGAAACAGAUCCACAUCUGCCCCCCAUUCAAAUACCAAAAUCAUAGUUAUCUCACCAAUUUUCAUACGCAUAUUGCAUAUUGCAUACGGGCAUACGUAAAAUAGAAAUGAAAUACAAGUCGACCCGCAGUGUACCCCGCCACUCAUGGGAGUAAAAGUUUUUGUAAUAUGGGUAAUACCCACAAAGCCAUAAAGGACCAACACCAUACAUAUAUUAUAUUUUCUAUGACUAACACUAUGUCGUUGCACGGGCUCGUUUCCAUUAUUUCCAUGUUUAAAUUUUAGAAACUAUUUUUUUCAAACAACGUUUAACAUAUUAUGUAGAUUAGAUAAUUAAUGAAGCAUUUAAUUCUUAAAUUUGAAUACAAAUUUUUGGAGGGGCUUAGCCCCUCCAAGUCCCCCCCAAAUUGCGCCUAAGAUCAGCUACCUUUGCAACAGCAUCUAUUAAGUGCAAUUGUUGAACCUAAACAAUCCAGGAACUCAUUCAAACACACACAAAAAAUUUCAUCAAAAAUAGUCCAGUCAUUUAGGAGUUCAAUGACAAACACGGACAGAAGAAAUAUGGAUAUAAAGAUAUUGUCAUGUAUAAUAUAAUGUUAAGUUUUAUUGUCCAUUUACUUAUACAAAUGAUAUUCAGCUAUUUCUGAGCUAUUUUUAUUUACAAAAAUAAACAUUAUUUAUGGUCAACAAUAUUUCUAACAACUAAAGAGAAUUUUUUUUUCUGAUAGAUGAUAAAUUAAAUUUGCAGAUAGGAAUUAUAUCUAAAAAAAAAAAAGCAAGAUUUUAAAUCUAUGCCCCACACACUGUAAGCAUAUCAACCGCCACAUAAAAGGUACACAUAGGAAAUAUAAUAACAUCAUAAUAUCCAUUUUAACAUUCUCAUAAUGAAAAAUUUGAAUCAAAAUUAGUAUUUGGACCAUAAAAAAAAUAUAUAUAUGAAUUAUAUUGAGGAUUCCGUAAUGAAAAUUUUGAAUUUAAAUAAAAAAUUUUCAAAUUUGAUGAUUUUUCAGUCAUAUUAUAAAAAUUAUCCCUGCAGCUUACUUGGGCAUAUCAUGAAUAUUUUCCCACCAAACUUGAGAAAAAAUGAUAUAGAAAUAUCAAAUAUCUGCAAAUUAUCACAAUGAUAAUGCCAUGUGAACAUACUCAUAGUAAUACAGGUGUUUAAUUGUAGUGUUUAAACAACCAAAAUUUAAUAGUUUUGUUAUUAAUACUGGACUCAUCUUAUACUGUUAUAGUGUGUAGUUGUGUACGCAAACUUGAGAUUAUAAUUUUUGCUGCAUACACCAAAAACACUUGGUGUGUAACAACUUUAAUUAAAAUUAGAUGUCGGAAUAACGGAUAUUUCAAAAAUAAUCUUUUUAAUUUAAAAUAUGAAAAGGCUAGUUUGUUUGAAGUUAGUACAUAUUGUCAUGGUCCUUAUUAACAUAUGCUCAAUGAAGGGAAAAGAAAAACAAAAGGGCAUUUUUUUGUUCUAUACACAGAAAGUAAUAGUUAUGCACCUAAAAAAUAAAAUUUACAUGAUAGAUUAUCUUGUAUACCAGGUGAAUAAUUUAAGUGGGUACACUCAUUAUCUUUGAAAAAUAUUAACUUUUUCCAGAAAUCGUUUUCUAGAAUAUUUAAGAAACAAGCUGCUGCUCUACAAUUUUAUAUUUAUUUUAUUCUAUUUUUUGUCACUCCUAUUUAUGUAGGUAAAACCAUUACCUACUUUUAAUUUUCAAAUGGCAACCUAUAUUAAGAAGUCCAUAAAUAGAUGGAGUAAUUAAUCAAAAGACAUUUUAGUGUUGAAAUUUUUGAUUUCCGUUGAUCAGUUGAUGAAAUAUUCCAUUUUUAAGUUUUGGUCGGAGGAGAGAAGUGGAUAAUUAUCAAACCGUAGUGCGCCAUACUGCCACACAAAUGAUACUUCACCACUCCCCCAAAAAUAAGGGUGAAAAAAAAUAACAAAUAUUGUAGAGCUGCUUGUUUCUUAAAUAUUCUAGAAAACAAAUUUCAGAAAAAGUUAAUAAACUCUGGGAUAAUAAGUAUAUUUACUUAAUUAAAUGGAAUACCUGGUACUACUACAAAAAAAAAAAUAAAAAAAAAAAUACUACAUUCCAAGUAUGAAAAACUAGAAUUUCUAUUUAUAAACAUAUAUUUGAUUAUAUUUAAAUUUGCCCAUGCCAAUAGAAUGAAUUUUGGUUUUCAAAUAAUUGCUAAAAAUUAUUUAAACAUGAAAUUUUCUAUAAUCAAAAUAUAUGAACAAUUAAAUUAAUGGUUUAUUAACUUUGGAAAAGGUUAAAAAUAUCUUACCUUAUUUAAUUUGGUUUAAAAUUUUAAACUGUUCUGAGGUUUUACAAAAUAACUUAAUUUUAUUACUAUGUCAUCUGUAAUUUAUAAAGUACCUUUAUAAGUACUUAGGAUCUACAAAAAAAUUUAACUGUUUGUUUUCAGGUUUUAGUGCCAAAGGAACCAGAAUUAAUGGGCAAGUUUAUUAAGGUAAUUGUGAAGACUGCAAAAAAACAUUGUUUGAUAGCUGAAAUUAUCAAAAAACCAACUAUUUUUAAAGAUAGAUUUCAAACAAUCAAUAAUAUUUAUUCAAUAUGGCCUGUGUUUGCCUUAUUGAUUUGUGUUUUAGCAAGGAUAAUUUGGUUAUUAGUAUAAUUUAAUACAUAGUAUGUAGUAAGUACAAAAAAAAAAUUCAUAACACAUAAUUAUGGUCUCCAAGUGACUUCAACUUCAUCUGUUCUAAACCUAGGAAAAACAAUUACAGUUUAUAAUUAAAUUAAGAUUAUAUUAGAUAGUUGUAAUCUUAAUACCUUUGGGUACAAAAUGUAUCUUCCCAUGUAGUCUUAUAACCACUUUUAUACAUCAAUGCUCCUGUAUGAGCAAUCAUUACUCCAUUAUCUAUACAAAAUCUAAUAAAAACACAAAUUUAAAUAAAAUGUAUAUUUUACUUUUGUUAAUAGUUUUUUGAUUUAUAAACAUCAAAAAUGAUUUGUAAUUUUUUUUGCAGUCUUAUAGUAUGAUUUUGGUGGUCAACUUUUGAGAUUCAUAUGGGAAUCUUUACUUUUUUUUUCAAACAUAAUAUAUUUUUUAAUACAUUAUAGUGAUUGAAUAAUAUUUAUUUAUUCAUUUUAUGUUUAUAAAUCAAACAACAUUUGAAUUAUUCAUUUUUGAAUUUUUUUAAAUUUUGAAUCCCCCUGUCUAUUUGUUGCGAUUAUAUUAGGUUUUUUUUGGUUUAAAAAUUGUUAAAAAUUUUAAUUUUAAUUUUAUUAAUAUAGUAUAGUUUAUAAAUAGUAUAAUAAGAAAUCUGAUUUAUUUCUUGGUGUAUAAAAAAAUACGUACUCAAAGUCAUUUCUCACUUCCACAAGUUACAGAAUAUUUAUAAAUAUUUUUGAAUAGAUAACCUAACCUUUGUAUGGAUACAAUACAUAGAUACUAAACAUAUGAAUAGGCCACUAAAGUAGUAUUUUUGUGGUCAUGAAUAUUGGAUUACACUGUAAUAAAACCAAUGAUAAAAAGGCCUACAUUAUUUCUACUAUUCUAUGCUACCCGUAGUCCUAUUGUCUGAUCAAGACCACUAAGCAUAGAGCCAAACCAUAUUAU